GAUCGUAGGUGAGGAUGCUCCGCAAAGUUUGGUCAAGCUGAUCAGACAAACUUUUUUCCAUUUCCUAUUUAGAAAUCUGAAGUUUGGUAGAAUUACUAUCACUGUUGAAUUGCGAUCAUGCUUUUUUCUAGACAGUAUCACAUUUACUUGAAGUAAUCUAAUUCUGGUUGAAUUACUUUGUUCUGUGGAGUUCCGUGCGGCGGCCGGCGUGCAGGUACAACGUUUUCAUCAUCUUCAAGUUCAAGACGUUCGAGUUUAGGCUAACUGUCAGUCUGUCAUGCCGGGCGGCGGUCACUGGGCAGUCAUGCCAUUCGAAAGAAAUAUAAUUAUUUGUCUUGUCAAUUUUUCAUGAGUAACUAGCUUCAUAAAAAUAUUAGAAAAAAAUCACAAUAAUGGAAGAUCAAGUGAAACACAUUGAGCUGAAAAUCCGAGAGGUUUUUGGAGACAUUGCACACCAAGGAGAUCCUCUUCAGCAGAAUCUGUUCAAUUACCUGAAAUUAGAUGACCCUGAGAAGGCUGAGCAGAAGCUCACCACCAUUUUCUCAGAGGUUCAGAAACUGCUGGAUCAAGCUGGCCAGUCUUCUUCUGAGCCAUCUUCAGAUGGCAACAGACCAUCCAGUGAUCAGGAAACUUCAAACAAGACAGUACUGGAGGCAGGGGUAAGGCAGCUUGUGACAGUCCUCUCAAUGCGGCAUAAUCCAGUGCAGUCCCAUGCUGUUGCAAGCAUCAUCUGCAAGCUUGCUGAGUCUAACUCUAUUCCGGCUAAGCUUCUGUGUGUUACCAUCCUAACCCACGAGAAGCUCAAGCCAGAAAACAGUGUGUUUUGGAUCACAGCUUUUGGCCUCAUGAAAGAUGUUAUCAGCGGCGUGGAUUACAAAGGUGUUCGGGAAAUUAUGAAGAUGUGCUUGGAGGUUUGCCGGCAGCUGCCAACUGAGUUAAAACACUCGCAAGUGGCGUGCAUGACUGCGCUGUGUGAGCUACUCGAGCACAUCUGUGACCCCAACGCUGCUCUCCUGCCUGCAUACUUUGUUGUUAAUGAGCUCCUCAAGCUCUGUCCUGACUACCAGAAGUGGCCACACUGGAAAGUCUCACGAUUGUUGACUGAUUUUGUGGAGAACUUCCAGCGAGCAGCUCAGCUUUUGUCUAUUGUAAACCGAACAAAGUUACGACCAGUUGUGGAGCACUCUGGUCACAACGGAUGGAGCAUAAGUUCAUGGAAACUAGACAGCAGGACACUCAAGUUUGGCCUGAACGGCUCACUGCCAUACUCAAGUGAGCUGCUCGCCCCCCAGCCAGCACUGCUGAACCACGUCCUACGACAGCCUUACUCCAAGGAAAUGGUCUGCGCCAUGAUUGAUAUGACUAAGAAGAAGCAACGGUGUUCUGUACUAGAAGAUCAAUUGAUCACGCUGAUGGUGAGCUCGCUGCACGUGUGUCACGCCACUGACCUCUACAACCAAAACAAAGCCAGCGAGUCUGCGGCUCAGGCCACUGACCCUGCCGCUACCGCUGCUACGGAUGGCACCUCACAGCCAGCACCGUCCAGUGGUCUCGAGGACCAAGAUGACGCCAAUGCUGGAGCAGGCUCUGGCACGACUGCCAUGGACACGAGCGUUGCAACACCCAGCGGCACGAGCUCCUCAGCCACCCCUGGGGCCACGACGUCCUCCCCCAGCAGCGCCUCCUCCGCUGGUGCUGCGCCCUCUUCCCCUGACCAUUAUCCAUGUCCCUGCCACCACCUCUCCUCACUCCUCAUACACUUCGUGCUCCACCAACUCAUAAACUUCCCAGCGCUGGUGAUAGCUUUACAUGCUAAGUUGCAAAAGCUGAAUAUGCGCGUUGGGCGCGACCAUUUGAUGUGGGUUUUGCUGCAGUAUCUCUCGGGAACUAUACAGAAAAAUCCAUUCCCGGAGUUCCUGCCUGUGUUGCGGCUGAUCGAAUAUUUGUACCCGGAGCGGACUCCGUUACCGGUCCCUGACUACACAGACCCCUCGUGUGUACUCAAGUCUUCAGCCAUGUGCAUCCUUAUCCACAUUUUGCGCAAGGCUCAGGCUGAGUACAUCAAAACUCCACGGGCUCUGCCUCCUGCCUUCACCAAUCACAACGAACUGAUCCAGUCGCUUGUACACAACCCUCAACUCUCACACAUCGCGUCCAACUUCUCCACGACGCCUUCCCCCGACUACCGCAUCGCGCUGCUGCUCAAUGCUUUCUCCACCAACACGGAAAUGUUCCACCGGCCGAUCCUGGCACUGACCGAAGGCAUUCAGAGCAGCCAGAAGAGCACCGUGCCGAUGCCGGGAGUGAACUGUGUGGCGCACGGUGCCACGGUGCCCCUGUCAAUGACGCUCCUCGACUCGCUCUCUAUCCACGUCAAGAUGAGCCUCCUCCACAACAUUGGCCAGUACAUAACGAAGCAAGCUCACACUAAGAGCACCAUAGCCUUGGCACCCGCGCUCGUGGAGACCUACGCAAGAUUGCUCGUUUACAUAGAAACUGAAACCAUCGGCAUCAAACAAUUCAUUACGAACCUGCUGCCUGUGGUGUUCAAGUCUCAAGUUUGGGGCAUCUUGCAUGGCCUCCUGGAGAUGUUCUCCCACCGCAUCCACCACAGUCCCCCCCAUUACCGCGUGCAGCUGCUCUCCACCAUCCACCACAUGACCAUUCCCCUCAACACCUUGCCCAACAUGACUCACCUCCAUCUCUGUUUGGAGAGCGUGGCACUUCGCCUGAUCUCAGGGCUUGGCAACAGUGAGGUGAUGUCGUCUUUGGCUCGUCUGUCCCCGGACUCCAAAACCGUCAUCAGCGGCGAGAGCGAAGAGCUAAACAAGGUCCUGGUCUUGACCCUUGCUCGGGCUAUCCAUGUCACUGGAUUUGACAGCUCGUCGGACUCGGCUCGCUGGUGCCUUGACUUCCUGAGGGCAGUGAUGAACCACACGCCGCACACGUGGCCCACGCACACCAUGCAGUGCUUCCCUCGCGUCAUCGAGGAAUACUACAAGCAGGUUCCCGGACCACGAGACACACACAACCUGAAGAAAGAAGUAGACGAGGAAUACUGCAAAUGGAAAAGCAUGAGCAACGAGAACGACAUCAUCGCCCAUUUCUCACGACAGCAGCAGACGUCGACGCUCUUCUUGUGUCUGCUGUUCAAGAUGGUGCUAGAGCAAGACCGCGUUCCCGUCGAAGCUUACAAGGUUCUGGAGAGGCUUGGUCCACGGCAGUUAAUGUCACACAUUCGUACGUUGUGCGAUUUUCUGGUACUCGAGUUUUCUAACUGUGCCCUUGGCCAGUACCUGAGCAAGUGUGUGAACACCAUGAACGCCAUAAUCUGGGUCUACCACAUAGUGCCUCUUGACCGUCUCAUGCUUUGCUUAGCCCUUCGUAUCCAAGAAGGAAGCUCUAAAGCUCAAGUAUGCAUGUUCAUUAUCCAGCUAUUGCUAUUGAGACAGCCCGAGUUUAGGAACCGAGUGAACAAGUUCGUGUCAGAAAACAUGCCAGAUCACUGGAACCACAACAACUGGUAUGAGCAACACAUGGCGUUCCAUCGUAAGUUUCCUGAGAAGUUCUCCCCAGAAAGCUUGGUAGGAGGUGGUGGUGGAGGACAGAGCGGUCACCAUCAGACUCUACCCAUCUACUUCACUAAUGUGUGUCUGCGCUUCCUGCCCGUACUUGACAUCAUCAUCCAUCGCUUCUUGGAGGCGCAUCAAGUUCACAAAAGACUUGAGAUGGUUCUCGAGCAGCUGGGAGUAUUAUACAAGUUCCACGACCAUCCCAUCACUUAUCUCUACAAUACCCUGCACUACUACGAGGGCCGUCUCCGGGAAAGCCCGAAACUCAAGCGACAGUUGGUUGCUGCCGUUAUCGGCAACAGCGUGAAACCCAAAGGCUGGGCACUCACUGAAGAAUACCUGGCAACCCCGCCGGAAGAAAUAACGUGGGUACCGAAGCCGUCGUACUAUACGGCACUAAUCCGAAGACUAGUUCUUGCUCAGCGUGGGGUGCGCGUGUUCCCACACGGCAUGGAAUGGCGCUUCAGCGAGUUUGGCAACAGUGGCACUCACGCGCUUUAUGUUACGUGCGUCGAGCUCAUGGCUCUGUCCGUUAUGCCUGACACCGUCGCUGAGAACUUGUUUGAUGUGGUCGUUAAGGGACACUGUGAUAUUCCAGCUAGGGAGUUAGGCGAGUACAUCAACGCUGUUGCGCUAGUACUAACAUGGCUGCCAGAAAGCUACUGGCUCACCGUUCAUCACAGAAUCGUAAACCUCCUACAGUGUCCCGAGUUGAGCUCUAACUCUCCUCCUUCCACUCUCGAUAUCUUCAGCCUGAUGCGUUUAGACUUGCUGCAGCCGUGCGUUCGCCACAGUUCUGUUUCCCUCACCAUCGCUCUCGUGCACGCUUUCUGGCACCACAGCUCCCUGUCGCAGCUCGGCCGAAUACCGCAACUGAUGAAGGAGCAAAUCCGCGGCAUACUUGAAACAGAGGCGCAACUUGUGUGCCUUUUCCAGUUGGUGGGGCCAUUCUUGAGCCGCUUCUCUGUGGACAUUGCCAGAAAAGUUUUCGAUGUUACACUUGAGUUCUAUCAUGCUCUUGCAAAGGUAGAUGAAAGUGUAACCGAAUUCAUGCACCAAGACGCCAUUUGUGAUGUGUUAUACCACAUCAAAUAUAUGUUCACUGGCGACAGCAUCAAGCCUGACUUGGAAGGCAUCAUUCGGGGACUACGACCUGACCUCCAGCGGCGUCUGCGUUUCAUCACGCACCUGAACUUGAGUAACAUCCAGGCAGGACCCACCGGCUCCGCGACACCUACUACCCUCGCCCCCAGCACUAGCACCAACAGCACGCCAUCAAGUGUAAGUGGCGCAGCCUGCAGCAGUAGUAGCCCUGCAAUGGCUGCUGGCAUCAGCCCAUCGGGUAAUGCAUAAAAUGUUUCAUCAAUUGUUAAUAUAACAUUCCGUUAAGUUAUUGUGUAGUUUAAGAAAGACAUUCUUUCAUUUCAUCAAACGUAAACGCAAUAGAAUUCAUCAGCUGUAAAUAAUUGUUCUGAAAAAUCCCUAGUAAUGCCAUUUGACUUUUUGAAAAAAAUGCACCAGUUGUGAACAGUUGAAAAAAUUAAGGCCGAAUGAAUUUAACCCUUCGUCUACUUAGUCUCGUUACCAGGCCUAUUGAAAUGAAUAGCAAGGGAAACGAUUAGUGUACCUGUAGACAAAGGGUUAAAUCGACUUUGAAUAGCUUUCAAGGAAAGUCAAGCAUAUUUUAUGAAUAAUGCACAAGUUUCAAUCUCUUCUGAACUAGGUUCGUCUCCAUAAUUUACUUUUUUACACUUGAAGUCUAAUUUUAAGAAACAUGCGUCUCAAGUUUUCAUCGUGCUACUAGUGUCAUCAAUUGAAAAUAAUGAAAUAGAUGCUC